GCAUAAGGUACAAAGGGUUUACUUUCACCAGAUAAUAGAAUAUAGCUACAAACAAUACAACUGACAAAUUACAAAGGCACUGUGUGUCUUAGGACAGAAACAACCCCAACCCUUACACAACUAGACAUUCCUCUCCAGCAACCUCUCUUCCAAGGCAUGAAAAAUAAACACCUUAAACAGUAGAGGCCCCUCCUACCAGGAUUAAAAAAACAAGGAGAAUAGGGAGGGAAAUCACACAUAAAUAAGCGUUUCUAUGGCAAAAAUACAACAAAUAAAUUAAAUAUUCACAUUUAAAAUCAGAUAUGAGUGGGGGAUUUCUCAAAAAAUUAUACAAUUAAUGGCAGUUACCCAAACAACACAAUGGGAAGUUCCUGUUUGGCCUAUCGGCUUGAAAGCAUAAAAGUAAAACUUUUUUCUUAUCCUUAAAUAUGUAUGUGUCCUUGAAAAUAUGCAGACGCUGUAGAUAAAAAUGAGUAAGGGUGAACGGAAGAGUGACAUGACAAGCAGCCCUUAGCUGCCGCGACUGGGAAAUUCAAGCGUAUUAGUUCAGAAAGGCACUGGUGGUGCCGCCACCUUGUGUCAAUAAGAGGGAUUACAAGGUAAAUGUGAGAAAUGUCUGCUCAUAUUUUAAACUAAAUAGCAAAAUAGUUUUGUUACACCGUUUCAUUGAUUACAGCAGAGCACAACAGUUAGUAAGGACUUUUUAAAUACAAAUUUGUUAAUCGAAACGCAUUUGUUUAACGCAGAUGAUUAGAUAGAUAGAUAGAUAGAUAGAUAGAUAGAUAGAUAGAUAGAUAGAUAGAUAGAUAGAUAGAUAGAUAGAUAGAUAGAUAGAAUCUGAACAGGACAGUGUAUUUGUAUUGUAUGUCCUGUUUGCUGUUUAGGACUUCCAGUAACAGUAUGACUUGUUUGACCCUCAUGUUCUCCACAUGCUUGGAUAGACGUAAAUCUCCAGGGAUCCCGGGUACACUGGAAAUCAACCACCGGGACCUUUAUCUUGCUGAUCUUCAGAUGCAGGUUCUUCUGAUACCUGAAGACAAGGUUCUCCAGAACAAAUACACUCGUCGUCCACUGGCUGCAUAAAAGAUCAAUAGAUAGAAAUAGUGUAAUGAUAACAUAAUGGGAAUGAUGGAAAUAACGCGCCGUUGCUUUUAUUGUAAUGAGGCUGCGAUGCCGCGUAUCAUUGGUGGUUGCGCUCGUCACAGCAAUUGGAGGGUCCCGUGUCCAUCAUGCAGAAUUCGCCGUGAUUCCGAACAGCCGUGGCACAGCAAUUGCGAAAUUAAUUUUUUGCACUGUUAUGCUAAGAUUUGUUGCUAAAAUUGCUGAGAUAUAGAAAAACCGCAGUUACAAAAAUUAGUAUAUAUUUUCUUUUUUAAAAUAAAACGGUUCGCAGAAUAGUAUGGGCUCUAGUAACUCCACCCUAUCUAAAAUUCCAAACUUGGGAAGAUUAAUUGAGGAAACUGGAUUCACCCCUGCGCAUAUAAAACGACUGUACAAACGCUUCCAAGCAUUAGACAAGGGCAACAAGGGUUAUCUUAGUCCACAAGAUUUUGGAUCAGUUAAAGAGCUGGCAACGAACCCCAUUGGCGAUCGGAUAAUUGGAGCUUUCUUUUCACAAGGGCAGGAAACGGUAGACUUCCACUCUUUUGUGAGGAUCCUGGCCCAUUUCCGCCCUUUGGAUAAGAACCGGGCAAAAAGGCCGGACAGCCCAGAGCCUAUCAACAGCAGGAUCAGCAAACUGAGAUUUGCCUUCCAGCUGUACGACCAAGAUAAUGAUGGCAAGAUCUCUCGGGAUGAGCUGUUACAGGUGCUGCGUACCAUGCUUGAAAUGCAAGUGACAGAGGAGCAGCUGGAGAGCAUCGCGGACCGCACCAUUCAAGAGGCAGACUUAGAUGGGGACAAUGCCAUCUCCUUUGAUGAGUUCCGGAAGUCAUUGGAGAAGGUGAACAUUGAACACAAGAUGAGCAGUCGCUUUCUGCACUAAUUAGGACAAAGCUGGAUGAAACUAUUUUACUAUUUUAUGGUUAGAGCUUUGACUGGGUGGAACUACUAGCCCAAAUGACUGAGCUCUCUGAGUUCUGAUCAUGGUUUUCACUUAUUCUCAUUUAUUUUGUAAAGAUUUUCCAAGGUAUUUUAUACUAAAAGGAAACCUGAAAGAAAGAGAGAUCCUUUUCAGUGGCAUAUGACAAAUGAGGGAGACAGUAUUUGUAAAGAUGCUGUUGGACAGCUGUUAUUGAUAGAGCAAGGAGCAAAGAGUAAUAUAGUCAGCAGAGGAAGAGGAAACUAGCAGAGCAAGUCAGCAGACUUACCCUAACAAGGUCUACUUUCAUAAUAAUAUUACAAUUAUAUUAGCACAUUAUAUUCAAUUUCUGUUUAUAUAAUUUCUUAGAUGUACAUGUCAGUAUUAUGUGGCCAAUAUUUGUGGUUUAUUUUUGUGAUGUGAAACAUUAAUAGUGUUUUGCAAGCUCAGAGGCUUGGACAUCUAACAUCAUAACCUAUACUGUAAUAAAAUCUUGCUUUUCAGUG